AUGCCGCUGAAUCUGUGUGGCCAGCGGACCGCCUGCAGCGGGGAGGGGGUGGGGCAGGCUUCGGCAGGGCGGGUCCUGCUGCUGCUGCUCCUCAGCGGCUGCUUGGGCGAGCAGCCCCCGGCCGCCGCCGCCGGCGUCCCCUCCGCCUCCUCGGCCGGGGGCAGCGGGGCGCCGGGCGACGCGGAGGAGACGGUGAUCAUCGGGCUGCGGCUGGAGGACACGAACGACGUCUCCUUCAUGGAGGGGGGCGCGCUGCGGGUGAGCGAGCGGACGCGGGUCAAGCUGCGGGUCUACGGGCAGAACAUCAACAACGAGACCUGGUCCCGCAUCGCCUUCACCGAGCACGAGCGGCGGCGGAGCGGGCGGCCGCCGGCCGAGCAGGAGGACGGGCCGCCGGAGGGCAGCUCCCCGCAGCGCUGCGGCAUCCGCACCUCGGACAUCAUCAUCCGGCCGCACAUCGUGCUCAACCGCCGCACCUCGGGCAUCAUCGAGAUCGAGAUCAAGCCCCUGCGCAAGACCGAGAAGAGCAAGUCCUACUACCUGUGCACCUCGGUGUCGGGCCCGGCCGCGCUGGGGGCCGCCGGCCCCCCCGGGGGCGGCCCGGUCGGGGCCGACGGCCCCGCCGGCCCCCCGCCCUGGACCGAGACCACCUGGAUCUACCACGACGGCGAGGACACCAAGAUGAUCGUGGGCGAGGAGAAGAAGUUCCUGCUGCCCUUCUGGCUGCAGGUGAUCUUCAUCUCGCUCCUCCUCUGCCUCUCGGGCAUGUUCAGCGGCCUCAACCUGGGCCUCAUGGCCCUGGACCCCAUGGAGCUGCGCAUCGUGCAGAACUGCGGCACCGACAAGGAGAGGAACUACGCCAAGCGCAUCGAGCCGGUGCGCCGCCAGGGCAACUACCUGCUGUGCUCCCUGCUGCUGGGCAACGUGCUGGUCAACACCACCCUCACCAUCCUGCUGGAUGACAUCGCCGGCUCUGGGCUGGUAGCCGUGGUGGUCUCCACCAUCGGCAUAGUCAUCUUCGGCGAGAUCGUGCCGCAAGCCAUCUGCUCCCGUCAUGGCUUGGCCGUGGGUGCCAACACCAUCUUCCUCACCAAGUUCUUCAUGAUGAUGACCUUCCCAGCCUCCUACCCUGUCAGCAAGCUGCUGGACUGCGUGUUGGGCCAGGAGAUCGGCACGGUCUACAACCGCGAGAAGCUGCUUGAGAUGCUGCGGGUCACCGACCCUUACAACGAUCUGGUCAAGGAGGAGCUUAACAUCAUCCAAGGGGCGCUGGAGCUGCGCACCAAGACGGUGGAGGACGUGAUGACCCCACUCCGAGACUGCUUCAUGAUCGCCGCUGAGGCUGUUCUGGACUUCAACACCAUGUCUGAGAUCAUGGAGAGUGGCUACACUCGCAUCCCCGUCUUCGAGGGCGACCGCUCCAACAUUGUGGACCUGCUCUUCGUCAAGGACCUGGCCUUUGUGGACCCAGAUGACUGCACCCCGCUCAAGACCAUCACUCGCUUCUACAACCACCCGCUGCACUUUGUCUUCAACGAUACCAAGCUUGAUGCCAUGCUGGAGGAGUUCAAGAAAGGCAAAUCUCAUCUGGCAAUAGUACAGCGAGUCAACAAUGAAGGGGAAGGAGAUCCUUUUUAUGAAGUCCUGGGGAUUGUCACGUUAGAAGAUGUGAUUGAAGAAAUCAUCAAGUCUGAGAUUCUAGAUGAAACUGAUUUGUACACUGAUAACAAGACGAAAAAGAAAGUAGCCCAUCGGGACAGGAAGCAGGACUUCUCUGCCUUCAAACAGACAGACAGUGAGAUGAAGGUUAAAAUAUCACCACAGCUCCUCCUGGCAAUGCACCGUUUCCUGGCAACAGAAGUAGAAGCAUUUGGCCCAUCCCAGAUGUCAGAGAAGAUCCUCCUAAGGCUGCUAAAACAUCCUAAUGUCAUCCAGGAGCUGAAAUACGAUGAGAAGAACAAGAAAGCCCCAGAAUACUACCUCUACCAGAGAAACAAGCCUGUCGACUACUUCAUUCUCAUUUUACAGGGGAAAGUGGAAGUGGAGGCUGGGAAAGAGGGAAUGAAGUUUGAAGCUGGUGCUUUUUCCUAUUAUGGGGUGAUGGCCCUCACAGCAUCGCCAGUUCCCUUGUCCCUGUCUCGUACCUUUGUUGUCAGCAGAACAGAAUUAUUAGCAGCAGGUUCUCCAGCUGAAAACAAGUCACCCCCUCGUCCUUGUGGCUUGAACCAUUCGGACUCUCUAAAUAGAGGUGAUCGCAUUGAAGCGGUGACACCAACGUUGGGGAGCAGCAACAACCAGUUGAAUGCAUCUUUCCUUCAGGUGUACGUCCCAGACUACUCAGUGAAAGCACUCUCAGAUAUUCAGUUUGUCAAGAUCUCGAGACAGCAGUACCAAAAUGCCCUGAUGGCAUCCCGGAUGGACAAGACACCUCAGUCCUCGGACAGUGAAAACACUAAAAUCGAACUGACUCUUACGGAGCUGCGCGAUGGUUUGCCGGAUGAGACAGCAAACCUGCUGAAUGAACAGAACUGCGUGACACACAACAAGUCCAAUCACAGUAUGCACAGCGAAGGCUCCAUCUAGGAGCUAACAAUCUGCAUCCUUUCCCACCCAUCACUUCAGCAGGACCAGUCAUUGCUCCUUCUUGACUGCAGACGCUCUUAGUAUGUGCUUGCAAUGCUGUGCUGCAUCCAGUGUUCUGAGACCAAAGACUUAGCGCCCUUCCUGGGAGCAGAAGAGGAAGAAACGAGAACACAGCAAGACAAAAACCAAACAAACCUUGGGCAUGCUGAGUGCCCCUUGGAGAACGAUGGGAUUCUUCCUCGCAAAGUAGAAUCGUGUUUAUUUUUUCAGCCGUAUCUUUGAUCCUCAUUGGUUUUCCCUCCUUCCUAGAUGCGCGGAGAAGUUUUUAAAACUGCUCUGAUUAUUUUUUCAAGAGAGAUCAUGUUUUUAAAAAGAAUUUUGCAGAGUUUUAAAUGGUUGCUGUCCCUCCCCUCCCCAAAUAGGCUCUGCUGUGACUUUGUGAAUCAGCUCCAGUGUCAUAGACCUGUUUCCACCACUCCUUUUGGUCCUGUCUGUUGCCCUGUUGUUAAAACAGCAACUAGUACCCAUAUGUAUUUGUGUCCUGAGAACAAAGAAUGGAUGAGACUUCAAGGACCUUGUGGCUUAGCAGUAUGGAAGUUUGGGGGAAUGGGCAUUAUUUUCUCCUCAGAUGAGCUUCAGGGAAGGGGUGGUUAUUUUGGUUGCAUGCUUUCAUAAUACCUGAAAUUUCAGACGGUUCCUUGUAAAACAAACAAAAAGAUUGUUACAUUUACAGUUUUGUAACCUCCACAGAUGUUGUGUGUUUUGAAUAUGAAGAUGGGUUUUUAAUCGACAUAACUGCAGUCUCAUCAAAUUACAGACCGGGAUAAAUUUCCCUAGUAGUGUACUGGGCAAUUUUUGUCCCCCUGGAAUUUGCAUUAAUGUUACUGGGAAUCACAUGGUCAAGUUCCCUGCCUCCCCUGCUGUACUGAAAGCGUGAACCCCAAAAUGUCGAAUCUCAGCUUCUAACAUACUGAAG